GAAAAGGCCCAGAGAAGAGACAGGAGAAUGGAUUUAUCCCGGCUUAAAAAAUGUCUCUUAAGGUCACUCUUCUUGUGGUGUGGUUGGUUUCUCAGUGCUGGUCCGCUCCAUAUAGGAGAAACUGGACUCCUCAGGCAAUAUUGUAUCUUAAAGGCGCACAGGGACACCGCUCAACCCUGGAGCGCAGCAGCAGAGAAGAAGGGGACGCUUUACAAUUAGUGAACUUUAAUCAGAUCAACGACGGGCUGGGAUUGUCUUCAGCUUCUGUCGAGCUCCUGCAACAAGCUGCAGAAGAAGGUGGCGGCAGACACGUUUACCGAGACUCGAGCUUAAAGCAUCUCUGAUUACCUUUUGCCUGAUCCAGUUGUCAUACUUGCUGUUGGAUAUUUGAACUCUAAAAUGUCGUUGUUGGUAUGAAUGGAUAAUCUGCAGCAAAGAACUCUUAAAUAAACUUCAUUGUUCUAAAAAUGUAAAUUGAUUAUGACUGACUACAUUCUCAUGUGUUGUGAUGUGUUUGCUGGCAGAAAAUUUUGUUC